UGUUGGGAUGCGCCGCUUGUGCCACUAGCAUGACGGUCACCGCCGCGUGUCUGCCGCUGCUGCUGGCGCUGGCCGCCGCUACAACACAGCCGCCGCCACCACUCCAGUUGCCCGAUGUCAAGUUCAGCUGCCAAGGUCGAGAGACCGGUUACUAUGCGGACGUUGAGCUGCGCUGCAGCGUCUUCCACUACUGCGGCGCGCAGGGUGACCGCUACUCCUUCGUGUGCCCGCCAAAGUCCACCUUCAACCAACGGCUUCUCAUGUGCGACUACGAGGCUGGUGCACUGGAAAUGUGCCCCCAUUCGGAGAGUCUUUACAACAUUAGCAAGACCACACCGCGACUGCGCAAGCCGGUGACCAGGCCGCCCAGAACGACGACGACUCCGCCGCCCAGCAGGACGCCAUCGACCACUACCGCGGCUGUAUUCGGCAAGCCGCGCAGCACCACUACCGCUCCGCCGACCGACGAAGAGGAGGAGUGGCUGGAUGACGAAGGCAAUGAGACGCAAUGGCUCAGCAACGAGACACACUGGUCUCAGCCCAUACAGCACCAGGAAGACGGCGGCUGGCAGCCCUCAGAACCGCUGUUCGAUCGCGACGCGCUUUUCCAUAACCUUCGCUCCCACGAGAGCGCAGUCACCUACGAGGAACCUCGCGGCGAUGGUUCUGGAGCCAAUUCAUUUGUGGUGUAUGACCCGAACGAGCUGGGCCGCCCGUUCUAUUACCAGCCGGAGCCAGCCAACUACGAGCCGCCGAGGCCCCCAUGGCAACCGAUGGCCCAAGUGCUGCUGGGGCGACCAGCAGGUAAUUACUACAAGACCCCCUCAGGAUACUUCGAGUUCCGCCACAGGUCGUCGUCGAGCAGAAGGGCUCGCUCAACACGUGUAAAACGCCAGCUGCUGCUGUCGCGGCUUUUCAAGCGGCAGCCGCUGCGCCUUCCGCCUCCCAGGGAAGAAGAAAGUGGCUGGUUGCCCAGUAUCCACUUCCCGCUCAGGGGAUUCUUUCCACCCGAUCCAUCUUCGUGGCCUUCACUACAACUGCCACCAGCCAAAAGCCCAGCGCCCUUCCAGGCUGAACCCAGGCCCCACGGGCACGCGUUCAGCCGGCCCAUGCCACGUCCGGAUCAUUUCCUCCAGCCGCGGGCACCAUCGCCUCCAUUCUCCCCUGAACUGCGACCAUGGUCUCAGCUGGGCGUCUCGUAUUUGUCGGACACAAUGUUCGUGCCACCCCAUGUGAUACCAGGUCGGAGUACACCACCACAUGUGAUACCAGGUCGGAGCACGCCACCACAUGUGAUACCAGGUCGGAGCACGCCACCACACGUGAUACCAGGUUGGAGCACGCCACCACAUGUGAUACCAGGUCGGAGCACGCCACCUAUAGUGCCCCGACAGACGGCGUCACCUGUAAUGGUGGCGGCACCCCGGCAGAAGGCCGCAUCUCCACUGCUGCCACCACGUCAGACCGCGCCACCUCCCAUGGUACCAAUCAGACAAGCUGCCGCGCGGUUGCCCGUGAAGCGCCCGCCGCCAAGGAAAAAGAACAGUCGUAGACGCCGGCCCACGCCGCGCACCACAACAAGGUCACCGCCCGUUAAGGACAACCGCACGUUCAGUUGGUUCGGCGGGUGGACCACCAGUGCACCUCCUAUGUCCGUGCCAGCGAAGCCUACGUUGGCCAGUCCCACACUGCCAAGACCUACGCAGAUGUGGUCUCUGCCGAACAAGUCGUCUAACUCUUCCUCUAAAUCGACUACUACAGCGACGCUGAAGCUCAGUGCAACAACGCCCUUCAGCUGGGAGCGGCUGCGCCCGACGACGUCCACCUCAACGCCUCGACCCGCUACCGUAGUGCGCGUCUUUAGCAACAAGAUCGGUUCCUCAGUCAUGGCGACAGCAGGUACACCGCGUACGACAACAUCAACGACGCCAUCUACCACAGCCGCAGACGUCAAGGAAAAUGUUAUUGGCAACGGCCGAGACCGGGGCUUUCCCUUCGAGUUUUUCACGGACGUUAACAAGCUGGUGGCGCGAACCACGCCGCAACCGCAGCCCGUGUACAAGCCACCCGCCAGCCGCGAACCCGUCACAGAAGUCGUAACAGCCAUCUCCUUCAGUGAGUCCGCCCUGGCGGCGUGA